AUGAAUUGGCUGGAGAACAGCCCGGGCAUUGCAACAGUGCAGCACCUUUCCUCGGGAGCAGCAAGUCCUGCAGAAGGCACCAGCUUACGGGCAAAGAACUGCCUUGCCAAAAGAUUUGGAAAAACUGACAAUGGAAUAUUUGGGAGAUGUCAGCGAGUGCCAGUAAUAGACAUCUAUAAAUAUGACAUUUCACCCCCUGUUCUUCAGCGCCUAAGGGUCAUCCUGGAGAAGCUCUCACACAGAGGUUUUACCUGGCGAGAUGAUUAUACACAGAAUGUUAUUGGUCAGGAACUCUCAACCAUUCACAAAAUCCACAACAGACGCCCUGAUAUAUUUGCAUCUGAAGGAUCUGACACAGGAAGGACUUUGGGACAGAAUGCAGAUAAUGAAAGAAAUUACGAUCUGGAAAAUGAUGUGAACUUGGCCAAGUCUCUUCAGCAAUAUCUUAAAUAUCUUGGUAUUCUCUCCCAGUCUGCAGCUACAAAUUUGCAUCCAAGGAAGACGAAUGAUAAAGCUUCUGUCAAGAGCUACAUCUAUAAUGAUCCUAUCACAUACUACAUGAUGCAAAACCCCAAAGAGCGAGCACCUCCUUUGGCCCAUGCAUCAACAUCCCAUCAACAGCACGCUGAAAAUCUCCGUGGGAGGACCUUCAGCCAGCCUCAGCCAGACAAGUUCUUGCCAGAGUCAGAAAUGGGGCUUGACCAAAAAACUCUGAUGGCUGCACUGCAUACGUACAUCACUCAGAACUUGUCAGCACAAAGCAAUGAUAAAAGCUCUCACAGCAGGACUAAAGAGUCUCGCAUUUAUACUUCCCAAGUCAGUCCUUUUGAUGGAACUUUUGCCAAAGGAAAAGCAGAAGAUUUUAAAAUGAAGAAGCUGCUCCAGCCAAGGCCUGUGCCUGGGGUGCUGGGGCCAACCCCUGAAACGCUGAAUCAUAAAUCUGCUUCCCAGGAUCAUCCAAAGGACCCUCUGAGUGUAGUGGAUGAGACACUUAUUAAAGAUGUAUUGAAGGACCUAGAGAAACACCAGGUGAAUGUGGAGAAUCUCAGCUCAACAGAACUGGAUGAGAUCGCUGAUACUAUCGCCAAUGCAAUUCAAACAGUUGGCAUUCAGGAAGAAACGGAGGGUGGUGCUGGAAAAACUAGAGAAGACAAAACAGAAGUACAAAUGAAAAAAGGAGGUGCUGAAGGAAGGGCAGAGAUUCAGACUGGAUUAAUGGAAAACAGUGUUAACGUACCAGAUAAUCGAGUGCAUGAAGCCAGCGAGAGAACUGAUAAAGAGGAGAGCACUGCAAAACUAGUUAACUUCUUGAAUGAGAAUGCAUUACCUGAAAAUAUGCCUAAAGACCUUAUACCUGAAGAAUCUACCAAGACAGAAACCAAGAAAUCUGAAGACACCGACUCUUCUUCCUCAGAAGAAAUAAAUGCUGGUGUGGAAAAUGUAAAAAGUGAGACUUUCUCAAGGGAACUGACAGCUGCAAAGAACAGCGAAUCUGACUCCAAAGACCAGAACGAGACCCGCUACUGGAUUAAGAAUACUUUAAUGCAGGAUGGAAACUCCUAUGAUGAGCCUUCUGAAAAUAUGGGACAAGGCUUACAACUUGAAGUGAAGUCUUCCGAGGAUAAAGAAUACGGCUAUAUAGUGACAGUGAAAGACCCCCUGAGUGUGGAAAAGGGCUUGGACUUAAUAAAGGAAGUGGCAGAUCUCCUGAAGCUGCAGAUGAGUGUCUUCGAUGAUGUCAAUGUGCUGGGACCCGCUGUGACCUUCAGAGUGCACUCAAACCUCCAAAACAUUUCAACUGCAGAUGUUGCCAAAGCAGCAGCCAUAAACAAAGAGGAGCUUGAAAAAACAACUGGACUGAAAAUUCUGCAGACUGGCGUGGGGGAGAAAAACAAAACAAGCUUCCUGGAGCACCACCUUCUUGAAGAGAAUAAUACAGUCUAUAGUAUAGUGUGUGUGUGUGUGUGUGUGUGUGUUACUGGAAUACUUUUUUCAUCAGGCAUCAGUUGGUGUUUAAAUUAUUAUAUGCAUCAUCGCCUUGUAGAGAAGCUCUCGGCCCUGGGGGCCGACGCCGGCUCCGACGCCCCCGCUGCUUAUCAGGAGCUAUGCCGUCAGCGCAUGGCAGUGAAAACAUCUGAUCGCCCGGAGCCCCUGCAUGCUUCUCGAAUAAAUAGCGUUUCCUCACAAUUUAGCGAUGGGCCCAUUCCCAGCCCCUCGGCCCGGAGCAGCACGUCGUCCUGGUGCGAGGAGCCAGUCCAGUCCAACAUGGACAUCUCCACCGGUCACAUGAUCUUGUCCUACAUGGAAGAUCAUCUGAAAAACAAGAAUCGUCUGGAGAAAGAGUGGGAAGCUCUGUGUGCUUAUCAGGCUGAACCCAAUGCCACCACCAUUGCACAGCAGGAGGAAAAUAUCCAGAAGAAUCGCUCACGGGCUGUAGUACCAUAUGAUCAUUCCAGGAUAUGUCUGAAAGCUGAAAAUAGCCACGACAAUUCAGACUACAUCAAUGCUAGCCCAAUUAUGGACCAUGACCCCCGAAACCCAGCAUAUAUUGCCACCCAGGGCCCUCUCCCUGCUACUGUCGCUGACUUCUGGCAG